CGAUAAAUGCGUGAGAGUGCUCGCGAAGUGCGGAGGUAUCAGGCUGUCGCUCGCUCGUCGUCGGCUUGUCGUAGUCGUCGUCGUCGUCGGGGGCUCGUGGGCUCGUCGUCGUCGGUCAGUUUCGAGCCUCCUUUUCUUUGUCCUGACUAGCCCCCCCACUCUGUACCCGCGAAAACCUGUGCAGUAGAAGUAGUGUUAGGCAGUGCCGAUCCACACAGUGACCGUCUUUCUUUACGUCGUCGCUCAGCUGCACCUACUUUCGUGUGUGAGCGAACAUAUCCGGCGUGCCAAAUGUCACUAGGUGGACGAUAGGGUCGAAAUACAUUCGAUCCUCAACGUCAUACGUACGCACGCGUUUUUGCUGUAUGUAUACAGGUCGGAGAGUGAAUGUUGUGAAACGAAGGUGAAGAAAGAAGAAGAGAACCGACGAAGUCAGGCAGAAAACAUAAAGAUAGGAAAAGGAGAAUAUUAUACGAGCUAUACGGAGUUAAAGUGAAACGCCACCGAGUAGAAAAGGGGGAGAAAAGAAACGUAUAGAACAAGGGAAAAAGGAAACUAGCAUUUUAAAUAAAAGGGCAAGUGGAAUUGGAAGUAAGGUAGACAGACACGGACGAGAUAGACUGAAAGUCGUCGAACGGUUGGUGCAAACAGGCUACAAAGGGAAACGUAUAUCGCGAAAUAGUCAACGGAAUAUAUACCGUGGUAGAGAGAGGAAAAAAAAAAAGACAGUUCUUGAUGCGUAUCGCGGUUGGAAAGGCCUGGCCAUCGAUUUGCCGUCCGCGAAUCUAGUGCGCGUUUGAAAUCGGGCUAGUCUCGGUAGUCACGCGCGCGCGCUUGUGUGUUACGUGCACCUAAGCGAACGCAGCCAGCGAGGCGCGCGGACGGACGAGAAAAGGAGGAAGAGGUGGCGGUCGUGGAAGAGGGGGAGGAGAAGGAGCGGCGGUUGAACAGGCGGGCGGAGAGAAAAGUUCGAGAAGCGGCAACACCAGCGCCAGCCAACAUCAACAUCAACAACAACAACAGAUCGGCCGCGCGGUGUAUACGGGGCUGGUGCUCGUCGUGUGCGUCUCUAAACGGUUAUUGCGUUGUGUGUCGCGCGCGCGGCGGUGAUCAUCGGUGUGUGUGCCGGGAUUACAGGGAAAGAGGUAGUGAACCGAAGUCGCCAAAAUUACGCCAAAUCGGGGAAAUAUGAGCAUUGCUGCCCUACUACAGGCCGCCGAGUAUAUUGAACGUAGAGAAAGAGAAGCUGAACAUGGCUACGCUUCGACGAUGCCGAUGCCCGAUGAUAUGCGGACGGUCACAAAAAGGCCAAAGACGAAAAAAUCCCAAGGCAGCAGGACAACUCAUAACGAGCUCGAGAAAAAUAGGAGGGCGCACCUCAGAAAUUGCCUCGAAAAGUUGAAGGUGUUGGUUCCGUUGGGUCCUGAAACCUCAAGACACACCACGUUGGGUCUCUUGACCAAGGCCAAGCGUUUUAUCAAGAGCCUGGAGGAGCGUGAACGCAAGCACGCCGUGCACAAGGAACAGCUGUCUCGCGAGCAGAGGUUCCUCAGGCGUCGGCUAGAGCAGCUGACAAACCAGACAGGCCUGCACGUGUUGCACGGCCUCCACGGCCUCCAUGGGCUAAGCUCGAGCGCUCCAACCGGUUCCUCUUGCGGUCCUGGAGCUGCCGCGGCCGCGGCUCUUCUCUCCAAACGGCGCAGCGUUUCCGAGUGUUCUCUCGGCACAGCUUCGUCGACCAGCUCCACGGCCAGCUCCAGGAACUCCGACAGGUCUGCUGGCAGUCCCUCCGUCUCGGAGUCCGAUGAAGUAGACGUGAUCGGCUAUACGAGCAAUCAAUCGGACACCGAUGAUCACAGCAGUGUGCAGAGCAGCAGUGAUAGUGGCGUUGCAAUGUCCACCUCCAGGCUGACACUUUCCGAAAUGAUGGACAAUCUUUAGACAAAGAGGUGGCGCGGUGGCGGCGGAAGAACGUGGAGGGAGAGCAUUUGAGGGCGCAAAAGAGCAGAGGAGAGCGGAGGAAGAGGAAGAAGCGAUGGAAAAGAGGGCGAGGGAGAGAGAAACACGAGGGAAAGAAGAGAAACGCACGUGAACACGACAGGGGAGGAGAGGGGGAGAGUCGGGGUGGAAGCGGCGGAAAAACUGGAAGAAAUGGAAGAAGAGAGAAGAACGGAGGAAGAAGCCAUCCAAGCGUGCGAAGAUCGACGGCGUGCGAAAUAUCAACUCGCGUACACGCACUUACGCACCUACCCCUUUGGUGCACUCUCGUAGGGUCGCGAGACGCGCACCGCGACGCCCAAGCAACGGGCGUCAAGAGGCGACAUCAGCGGUGUGUACGCGCGUGUACAUACGUACAGACUUCUAGCUGACGCGGGUGGUCUCUGCGAGAGAAGAACGAAGCGUGGAAGAAGAAAGAAGGGAUGAGAAAAACGACUUCGAACAACAAGUUGAAGGAUCGCUAGACACGAAUGUAGAAGAUCGAAGAACAGGGACAGAAGGAACAGGGACGCGUCGAACUUUGGCGAAUUACGAUAGAACUUAGGUUCAGUUAGAAACUGAUUAUCGCGAACGAAGAGAUCAAUGACGGAUGUAACCACGUAUGUAAGGAGACGUAUGUAAUUGGCGUGCCUCGCGAUAAAUAAUGAAAUAAGAGAAAGAAACGCGAGAAACGAGCGUAAAGCAAUCGAAUGUCACGUGUAAAUUGUGGAUCGAGUAUUGUACAUAUUUUUAAGGGAGACUAAAUUUAUCGAGCGGAGAGCACGGUGGAGAAAGUAAGAAGCGAAUUUCGAGCGUUUCUUUCUCCACACGGAACCAUCACGGAGGAAACGGCGUUUUUAAAAGAAUCGGGUGAUGUCGAUCGGAGAACAACGAUCGAUCAGACGCGAGAGAUCGACGAGUGAACGGUCGCUGCCACUGAUCGAUCGGCAUUAGACGAAACUCGUGGAAAUUCUAACAAUAUGCGCACGCUGGCGCGAAACAGCGCUUCCACCACCAUCUUUUAGAAGCUUCGACGAUCGACCCUCGUCUCGGAUCUCUUUUCGUAUAAUUCAGUGUGUAAAAUUGAGCAAUUCCUUCGUGAUGGAUCUCGAGGACGCGUCCAAGUAACUGCAAACACGCACGAUGCAUUUGAAACUGACCGGAUAGGACAGAUAAUAUUCGCCGCUCUAUCUUUUCCGAGAUGUAUGAUUUUUAUCGCCGCCGCUGUCCGCUUCCGAUCGCGGAAGGCUCGUCCAGGGUGGGCGAUUUGAUUUUGCGAGUUUGUUGUUUUCGCUUCCGACGGAAAGAGAGGCGCCAUGCUUCUUUGUUCGCGCUUCGACGAUGGCGUCGUGGAACACGCGUCGUCGACUCUACUCUUCAUAAAAGCAACUCCAUUCGAGUGUACGCCUACCCUUUGGAAACAAUGGGAAGAAAGGGAUGAAAGAAGCGGAGGAAGAAAAGAAACAAGAAACGUUCGCGAGGGAAGCACACGAACGAUAGACAGCGCGAACAGCGGGAAGCAACGUUUUCACGUGUCGGUUCCACGACGAUCCUCGAUCGUCUGCCUUUUGACGAUCGUUAUUAAACUAGGAGCGCCUUUGGUGUACUCCUCUGCGGAAGAAGAGCCUUCAUUUCCGUCGCGUUGUACAGUCUGCGUGAUCGCGCGUACCAAAUAAGAAACAAAAUACUUGAAAAAAAAAUAUAAAAAAAUAAAAUGGAGAAGAUGUAGAAGUGUUUGAAGAGAGGAAUGGGUUGGAGGUCUACAAACGUGGAAAAAGGCGAAGAAGGGAAGAAAGGUGGAGGUAGCAGCAGCUGCUAUGAAAGAUUAUACAUCGAAUUAGCAAAAUCAGGGAUGAAACGAAGUUAUGGGACUAUUAUCGUUCCAAAACAGGGGAGACUGAAUCGCAAGCCUGUCGACAAAUUUCUUCGGGAAUCCUACGAUUAAUUAACGAAACCGAAAGAACUUCCACCUUUCGAAGGAUACACGCGAGUGUAUGACCUAUACGAAAUAACGAGUCGGGAGGGAUGGACAGAUACAGAGAGGGAGGAAACACGAAGAAAAGAAAGGGAACGAGAUGGAAGUAAAAGCGUACACACUUCUAAAGUAAGGACACGCAUAUGCAUACACACACGUACACACAUACACGAACACAUGUGAGCACUCAUUACAUACGCGUACACAGAGGAUCCUCACGAGAGUUAAUAAAAAAAAAAAGAAUUAAAAUAACCUGAAAAAAAGAAGAGAAAAAAAGUGAGAAAAAUAAAGAAGUACCACGUAUACGUGAAUCGUAACGUAACGAUUCUUGUAUAAUUAAGGGGAGUGAGUCACCUUCGAUGGUGGAGACGGUUCGUGUAAUCUUUAUUACGUGAUAAGUAAACGUUUAAACAUCGUUUCGUUGUAACACACGCAUUCAAAGAGUACAAAUUCCUGUUAAGUCCCUCGUUGGUUGUUCGAGGCUUGAACCGGCACACUACCUGUUGUUGUUGAGCGAUCACGCGUUGUUGUUUCCAUCCAGAGCCACGGAAUCGGCGUUUCUUUAGGGUCCGGAGUGGAGAAGAAACGGUAAGGGAAAGAGCAAGACGCGAAAAUAGGAGACGAAGAAGGGUCCCGAGUGUCAGGUAUAAAACAGGGAACAAUGUUUCUGGUGUGCGUGAGAGAACGAUGGAAGAGAAAACUAAUUAGGAUGAACGUCGUAGCGGAGAAGAUUUUGGAAGAAAAUAAGGUCGUACAAGGGUCCAAAGAGGUCCGGGGAACGGGAUCGAUCGAUGCGUAAGCCUGUUACGCGACAGGGAUCGCUUUGAUGAAGAAAAAUCGAUCGUCUAAUUAUAACUCGAAGUUUUCACUUUGCGGCUCGAGUGAAACUUCGUGGAGAAAGGAUAACCGACGACGAUCAACGGCUCGUGUUCCACCGUUUCUCGUGUUUCUUAACGAGGGGCACGCUGGAUCUCGGCAACGAUCGUUUUAUGAGUAUCUUAAUUGGCGUAGUGGCGAAAUUCUAAUCCAAAAGACUGUUCCUCGAUGGUCGUGCGAGCUAUCGGAACUGGACCGUUGAUCGUUCGGUUUAAAAAUUGGAAACGAAGGGAAUUAGAGGAUUAUACUAGGCUUUUGAAUUACUCGCGACAGGUUGAUACAAAAAAUCGAUCCGCGGCCCCUGGAUCGAAAACAGCGAGGCAGCAGUUGUUCGAGUCGAGUUUUCUGGCUAGGUUUACGCAGACCAGAUAGACUGAUUACCAAACGUAAACGAGUGAUCUCUGAUUUAAAAAGAAACGAAGAAAUAAAGAAAAAAAAGAAAAAAACGAAAAAAGCAAAACACAAAACGGUUUUAAACGGCGGUUAGUUUGUAAGAAAAUAGCAGAAAAAAAUGAAGAAUAAAAAGAUUAAAAAAAAAGAGAGAGAGAUUACGCGGUAUAACCUUUCGCGAGAAUAGGAUCUCGGGGUGGGGUAAAACAAACCGAAUCUGGAGAACGCGCGUUUUCUCGCGGAGAGUGCCCUCGGAUUUUUUACAUGCGGAACAAACAAUCUGACGAUACUUCGAUGAGCGUGAUCGUACAUUUUAAGGAGGAAAAGUCGACGUAAAAAUUAAACAGAGACGACGAAGACGAAAAUUCGUGUCGAUCGAAUUGGAUUGUCAGUGAAGGAAGAGGCGGAAACAGUUUUUAAAACGCGAACGACAGUCAACUGGAAGAAAAGAAAGGUACUUUCGGGGAUCGAACUUUGUACAAUGCGAAGGAAUGAAGUAAAACGAGCAAGAUAAGAGCAGAGAUCAUGGUCGAAGUCUCGAAUCCUACCAGGAAAGCGACCAAGCCGAAUGAAAUAUUUUCAGCAAGGCAAGCCGCGACUUUUUAAUAUUAAACAUAAAUGAUACUCCCGUACAGUCGUUGUUGUAUCAACAAUCGACCUUAUUCUAUAGCUGAAACGCAAUCAUAUUGGUUGUUGCAGAAGAUUUACCGCGGCCGUGUAUACACAUCAAAUAUAAAACGGUAGGACUCGAGAUCAACCAACAAGACGGGAAAAAAGGAAGUGAGGAAGAGAAACGAUCAGGUUGGAAAGGUCCUCGGCUGUCCUCUUGGAAGGUUCAGGCGAUCGACGCGUCCAGAUCGUUUCUACUUCAUUGGAAAAUCUCACGAAAAUGCCUUUUCUUCGCGAUGCAUCUUCCUUUCGAACUUUUAUCGAGAAAUAGUCAAACUUCCGGCGAUACUUGAUCUUUUAAUAUAUUAGAAUUUACUCUGUUUAUUGAAAUUUUAAGAAUUUUAAGAAAUAUCAAUUUUUCUUUUGCAGAUGUUGCAAAUAAGUUUCAUGGAUGUCGUUGCAGCUCAUUUUUUAUCGUUCUCUUUUCUUUUAAAUAUCGUAUCAUGAGCAGGAUUCAAGAUGAAUUUUCUAUUGUGAUCACGUUGCUUUAUCGAUGAUCGUAUUCGCGACGAUCGAAUCGCGACGCAUCGCUCGACCAAUGAUAGGGAGACAUAUCCAAUUGUUUGUAUUACCUCGUUGGUAAUUGUUUGCGUUCAUUUUCGUUUAUAUCUGUUUUAUUCUCGUUUUUAUGUCUUACUCGUUGGCUGUCGUUCGUGAAGUUGCGAAGAAAGGUACAAUAAGAAACAGGACGGAGAAAUGAGAGAGAAGAAAACUAAACGCCGUUGAUUUUCGACAGAGAGUAUGAUUAGGGUAACCUUCGAUUCACGACCGACGAGUUUAGAUUUAUCUUUUUUCCUUUUUCUUUUUUUUUUUUUUUUUUUUUUGUAAACGAUGGGAAAACUAAUACAAACGGGGGAAGGGAUAAGAAAAAGAAAAGAUGAAAGAAAGAAAAAGAGAGAGGAUGUUCUUUCAGAAUGAUGUGAACGAAAAGGGUAGAACGAUAAACACCAAGAAGAAAGAUAUAAAAAAUGGGAAAAUAGGAAAAUACAAAAAAAAGAGGGAAAUUAAGAAAGGAGGAGCAUAAAUUACAUAAAAAGACUACAAAAGUAACAAAAAAGAAAAACCUAUUUGGAGAAAGUUGAUGAGUGGGAUACAGAACAAAUAAAAAAUAAAUUAACAAUUCCACAAAGUAAGAAGUUGUAUUAAGUGAUUAUUAAACGAUGAAUGUCUCUUCAACGUGUAGAUCGUUGAUGAACGCUCCUUCGUGAAAGUUAUAGCCCUUUUUUUCUUUUCUCUUUUUAUUUUAGUUCUUUCUUUCCUUUUUUUUUUGUUUCCUUCUCUAAUUAUACUCUUUUCCACUUAUUUUUUCUCACAGUCUUUCUACGCGUUCGCGAACUUUUAUUUUCGUUUCGUCGUUGCCAUCCAGUCGUUGUACGUGCCGUAAAAUAUCUCUUACGAAGAAACACACAUACACAUGAAAUAAAUAAGAAAACAAAAAAAAAAAACACAAAAAAGAAAAAAAAUGAAGAAAAACGAUGGAUCUUAUCGUUUUUUGAUCUGGGUUCGUAGUACCUUGUAGCGAGAUAAAGAUGUAUGUAUUCUAUAUAUUAAACUGGGACGUACUCGCCCGAUGUAUUGUGAUUUAUUUUACCUGUCAAAAUCGAUGAAAAUCAGAGAAAAACCAAGAAAGACAAGUAUCGCGAAAUGGGCAUAACCGACGAUGUGUCGACGAUGUUUCAUCGAUGUUGAUUUCCUGAUAACUGUACGUGGCGCUCGCGUGUUUCUAAAUCGUCCUUAAGCUUCAGCUUUAUAAUUAUUUUCCAAACUAUAUUCCUCGUUCUUCAACAAUUCCACCAAAGUUAGCGUCAAAUAUUACGUACCAUGAAUUUGCAAAUUAACAAAUCUAUGAAGCUUGCAGUCAACUGUUCGCCAUCUAAUUUCGAUCGUUUCAACGUCGAACGCCUCGCACCAAAAGAAGGAAUAUAAGAAAAGGAAGAAAAACCAGAAAAUUGAUUGAAAUAGCCAGCGAUCACCAGAUUCUGUUUCAAAGAUAUAUCGGGCCAGUCUGUUCCCAAGAAAAUGUGAUAUUAAAAUUAACACGAGAGAGGGGAAAUACGGGAAGCAGAGAAACCGGGGAGGAUCAAUGCUAGAGGGAGAAAGGGCAAAGAGAGAAAGAACAGGGAUGGUGGAGGAAAUUUUCGAGUUUUCAAGAGAGGGUUGGCGGUUGGAACGAGGGGGCGGGAGGUCGUAACAAGAAAGAUCGAUGCACCAACGCAUAGGAAGAAUUGCCUCAGGCGCGUAUGUGAGGAACGUAGAUUGCGAUGAAAGAGAUAUAGAGACAAAGUUAGGGCGGUGGAGCGUAGCGUAAUUAGCGUGAAUGGUUUAUCGCGAAUGACGGUUUGGGCACAGAUCACAACAGCAGCAAUAUGAAUUGAUGCAGUAUUGAACUGACGAAACGAACGACAAGAAAUAAUGAAACAAACUUGUUACUCCAGCCGCUAGAAAUAUAUGUAAGAUGUAUAAUUCAAACGACGAUAUGUAAAAGCUGCGGUUCAUUCUGAGCUCAAGGGUGUCGCGAACUUUUAUUCGAUUUCACCUCGGUGUCGUUUCGAGCGAUUCGUUCGAAUUUUUGCCGGAUUCGUGCGUUAUAAACAAUUAGCGACACGUGUCAUACGAUUUAAUCGGAUCGUACGAAAUUUCGUAUCGGCGAAUAAACGUGACACCUGACGCGAUCGAUCGAUUAAUCCGGGAUCGAUAAAGAUGAGGAUCGAACGAAAAUCAUCGAGGUGACUGGAUGAUCUUUUCUCGCAUAAACACGUACAUACAUACACACACACACCCCGCCUCCCCUCCUCCCCCUAAAAAAAGAAGAAAAUCAGCGAAUCAAAUCGCGAAACGCUUGAGCUCACUGUACGUGUCGCGCGGCCCUCAAUCUAACGUUUAAGGAAUCUUUAAGUAAUACUUGAUCGAUAACUAAGAAUAAAAAUAAAAAAAGAGAUGAGAUAAGGAGGAAAAAUACAAAUAUGAAAUAAUAAUGAAAAAAAUGGGUGUUAUUUUUAGAUGUCUAUUAGAUUAUCAGAACCAGAAAAACUAAAGGAUAAAAAAAUGCUUAAACAUAAAAACGAAUAAAAAAAAGUGAAGAAAAAACCUACUAUUAAUACUACUACUACUACUACUACUACUACUACUACUACUACUACUACUACUACUACACUACUACUACUACUACUACUACUACUACUACUACUACUACUACUACUACUACUACACUACUACUACUACUACUACUACUACUACUACUGCUGCUAUUACUUCUACUAUUAUUACUACCGUACUUGUAAUAAAGAUUUAAAGAACAUAGGAACUUAGUUGAUGCGAUUUCACAAAUGAUGCAACUUUUUGAGAAGAGCGUCCCUCUUUUUACGAAUACCUGCGCAGGACAGACCCGACUUGUCCAGAGAUAUCUCAUGUUUGCGUACGAUAUAAUUAUAAUUACUCCCGACCAAUAAAUAAACAAAGCUAAUGGAAUAAAAAUAAAAGAAAGAACCAGAAACGAAAUUAAACAACAUGAAGAGUAAGAACGAAAAUGAACGAUAGGAUACGAAACAAGUAACAAGCUGCGAAAGAAUAGAAAAAGAGAAAUAACGAAAGAAAUCAUCAUAACCGGAAUCAUCGAGCGUAUUGUAGUUAAUCCUUUGUACUUGUAAGCUGGACGUGUCGCGCAGUCCUGUGCAGGUGCGACUAAAUAAUCGUGGGCGUGAAAGGGACGAAGACGACGAAGAGUGACGAACGGUCUUUUUUUCUCCCUCCCAAAGAAGCAUUGUGUCGUCGUCGUCUCCCUCCGUCGCGCUCAGGGACACCUUUUUCCUCGAGACGUUUUGCCGCUUUCAUUGUUUAGAUGAUUACUAUUUAACGACAAAAAAAUAAAAAACGAGAAAAUCGAAAAUACGACGGAGAUCGUCGGCGGAAGGAAGAGUAACGAUGACAGAGGAGGGGUAAACGAAAAAGAACAAAAAAAGAAAAAAAAGGGGAUCGAGACCAGAACCUUUUUAAUGACCCAACACACGUCGCCGUUAACGUGUUCGUUAUGUGCGAAAUGGGCAUUUCUUUUUCAGAGAAAACAAGAUACCAAAAAAGUAAAAAAUGUUACGAUGAAACAGACAAAAAACAACAAAAGACAUUUCGAAUAAAGGAAAAAAAAAUACACAAAGAAUAACGGAGUGAAGGAGAGAGCGUGAGUGUCGUCUCCUGUUGCGCUCAACCACAGACAUCGACCUGAUUUGUAACUCGAGGAUCGUCCAUGCACUCGCGUAACGUCGAUUUUUCCUUACGUCGAACGAUCGAACCCCUUCGUUUGGAAUAAUCACCGGUUCCUUUCAGCUCGAAAUUUCCAAGAUCUUAAUAUACACGUAUAUCCUAAACUCGAACAUAGUUCUUGACAACCAGAGAUCCCAAAGAUCUCUCUCGAUACACGCGAACAAGGUAACCUAAGAGCGACCUUUGUCACCAAAGAGUAACCAGCCGUAUCGACAGCGUCGUUUCCGAAUACUCUAACGAGGCAAGAAACGGUUCUAACGUGCCGGUACACUUGGUCUGCUCGCUUGGUGACCCGAACGAACCGACAACGCAGGUGCUUUGAAUUCGAGCCGGAGCUCGUCACGAGAAACUUCGACGCUGACGAGGAAACGAUGAUACGAGCACACAGGGUAACCGGAAACGAGGGAAAGAGAGUGGAUGGUAAAAGCGUAGGUUUCACGGUGCCGACGUUGCAAUCGCGCAAUUGCCGCGUGGCGAUACUCCUUCAGACGAAAAGUGCGGUCCUUUUCUCGGUCGUUGUUGAGCCACGUAAAACUGCCACGAACAAAAAACGUCUCUCUGGCCAGGCAAGGGGAGCAAAGAAAAACGGGGGGUGCGACGGGCACAGGGAGGAAAGGAGGCGACGAGAGCCGCGUAGACCAGGCAAGGACGAUCCUCGAGAGGGUGAGCACACGAAGGGGAUUUAAACCGACGAAACGGCUUGAGCGCUGGGAGAAACAGGGGUGUAUAGGGGUGGGUACAGGGAGGAGAGAGAAACACGGGCAAAGGACAGGUGCGCGGGAGGUUGAACGGAAGGAGGAUAUAGCCCACGCGAGAGAUCGACGAGAAUUUUCGUGGAAAGGUGCGGUGCGGAUCGAACGAAAGAAUGAGAGGGAGAUGUGGCGCGUGCGUGCGUGUGCAAGAGGAACGGACAAAAGGGUUGAGGGAAGAGAGCAGGGGAACAGUGGAACGUUUACAGGGAGACGAAAAGCGAGUAAACGAUGGUGGAAGAGCACGGUCCUCGGGAAAAGCCACGUUCGGCCCUCUCUCGUCGCGACGAGCAUUUAAUCAAUGGUAGGGGAUGCUUAGUGGACUUAAUCUUAGGGAACUGACGAAAAAAAAAAUGAGAGAGCCGACGAAGAAGGGGCGUGGAGAAGCGGAAUCAUAGCGAACGUCGAAAUUUUUGAUUACGUCGCGCGAACGAUGAGGAUAAACAGAGGGUGAUAGAAGCGACGAAGAAAGGACGAAGUAGCGGUUGAGAAAGAGAUCGCGCGGGGAGUUAGAAAGCAUACGAAAGAUACACUAUGAAAUAUCAGGAGAAACAUUUACGUAGAGUGAGAGAGAAUGCGAGUAGGAGAGAGAGUGUAAGAUUUUGCUGCGUGUUGCGGGGUGUAUGUCGAAAAAUUACGCGCGAACAGAAACGCGAACUGGACGAAAUUAACGUGUAACGAAGCAGGAAAGGGAAUUAGAAGAACAGCUAACGAAAAGCGGGUGAUAUAAGAGAGAUAAUAAAUGGAGAUGCUGUACUGAGGAGAAAUAGGGGUGAAUUAGGGAGAGAGAGAAAGAGUGACAGAGAGAGAGAGAGAGUGAGAGAGAGAGAGAGAGAGGGAGAGUGAACGGGUGAAAUGCGAAGCUAGCUUAAAAAAAGGCACAUUCUGUCAAUUUGUCAAUAUUGUCAUGAUUCGAUAAUGGUCGAUUGGUAUGCCUACGAUUGAACCUCUAUUUACCGGGUGGAUGUAUGAUGAUUCAGUACGAUUCUUAUAAUUAUUAUCAUUAUUAUUCUUAAUUAAUUAAUUGAUUAUCAUUAUCAAUUAUCAUUAACAGUGCGAAAGUAGGAGUAAUAAACCACAAAACAGAGAAAACAGGAAACCGAUGAUAAAGCAAAAACACAAAAAAAAAAAAAAUAAAGAAAGAAAGGCAACCACUUAUAUUAUUGUACAUAUUUACUUGUAACUGCUAUUCGUAUUGCAGUGGUUUUGUUCUCUCAACAAAUGAUUUCCUCGAUUCUGCGGGAAGAAAAAAAAAUGAAUAAAAUAAAAUUUGUGUAUUAUUAAGA